AUGAAGGAUUAUUUCCACGAGCUCAUCUGCAUCACAGAAAGGGAGAAGUUUGUUGUGCCAAUCCGAGCUAUAGGUGCCCGAGCUAUCCUGGACUUCCCCGACCAGGUGAACUUCUCAGCCUGUCCAGUCAAGUACAGCACCCAGAAAACGCUGCUGGUUCGCAAUGUUGGUAACCGGGCGGCCCGCUACUGCAUCAGCACGCAGAGAAACUACCUUGGAUAUGUUUCAAUGAUUGAUAUGUUUGAUCGAUUUGAUGUGGAGUUCAUCUUUGCUGGGUAUCCAGCUUCAGCGACAGUUGCCAUCCCCAAGGAGCACCACCGUUUUGUCAUUGGAAAGAAGGGUGAGAAGCUGCAGGACCUGAAGCUCAAAACUGCAACCAAAAUGCAGAUCCCCCGCCCAGAUGACCCCAGCAACCAGAUCAAGAUCAGCGGCAUUAAAGAAGGGAUUGAGAAGGCCCGGCACGAGAUCCUGCUUAUCUCCGCUGAGCAGGAUAAGCGUGCCGUGGAGCGGCUGGAUGUGGAGAAAGUGUACCACCCUUUCAUUGCUGGCCCUUACAACAAGCUGGUGAGGGAGCUCAUGCAGGACACAGGGACGCGCAUCGACAUUCCUCCACCCAGUGUCAACAAGACCGAGAUAGUCUUCACCGGAGAAAAGGAGCAACUAGCCCAGGCUGUGGCUCGCGUUAAGAAGAUCUAUGAGGAGAAGAAAAAGAAGACUACUACUAUUGCCGUGGAGGUGAAGAAGUCCCAGCACAAGUAUGUCAUCGGCCCCAAGGGGAAUUCCCUGCAGGAGAUCUUGGAGAAGACUGGAGUCUCUGUCGAGAUCCCACCCACUGACAGGAGCUCGGAGACGCUGAUACUGCGAGGCGAGCCUGAGAAACUUGGGCAAGCAUUGACUGAAGUCUAUGCAAAGGCCAACAGUUUUACCAUCUCCUCGGUCUCUGCCCCCUCUUGGCUUCAUCGUUUCAUUAUCGGAAAGAAAGGACAGAACCUGGCCAAAAUAACUCAGCAGAUGCCAAAGCCAAGAGCAUUGGCCUGGCUUGGAUCUUGGCAAAUUCUUAAGAGAUUCAUUGUCUUUCACCUCAAGGUUCACAUCAAAUUCACUGGAGGAGAGGAUAACAUCACUUUGGAAGGACCUACAGAAGAUGUGCAUGUGGCUCAGGAACAGAUUGAAGCCAUGGUCAAGGAACUGGUUGAAAACAGCUUUUCUAUUUCUGUCCCCAUCUGCAAACAGUUCCACAAGAACAUCAUAGGGAAAGGAGGUGCCAACAUCAAGAAGAUCCGUAAAGAAAGCAACACCAAAAUUGAUCUCCCAGCAAAGAACAGCAGCUCGGAGACAAUUGUUAUCACAGGCAAGAGGGCAAACUGUGAGGCUGCUCGCCACAGGAUUCUUGCCAUCCAGAAGGAGCUGGCCAACAGCACAGAGGUGGAGGUCUCUAUUCCUUCCAAACUGCACAGUUCCCUCAUUGGUGCCAAAGGCCGCUUCGUCUGCUCCAUCGUCAAGGAGUGUGGUGGAGUCCACAUCCACUUCCCCACCAAGGGCUCUGGCAGUGACACCGUGAGCAUCAGGGGCCCAGCCCAGGGUGUGGAGAAAGCCAAGAAACAGCUGCUGCACCUGUGAAACAG